AUUUGCGAGAUCGUGCUGAACCGAAUAGCCGGGUGGACAAGAUGCAUCUUCCGACUCUCGUACUAACCUUCGUGGCCGCUGUGACUGGCGCGUCGGCCGGCUCGCCCCAACAGCAGCAAAGUAACUCGCAGCCGAUUCUGUUUGCCGCAACCUACACUCGCGACGAGGGCUGGAUCAAUGGCACGGGCAAGGGUAUCUACACGUACAAACUCGACGAGACGGACGGAUCGCUGACUCCCUGGGGAGUCACGCCUCUUGGCAUCAACCCUAUGUACGUCCAGGGCACGACCAAGGCGUUCAAGACCGGCGAGCGCGUCAUCUACGCCAUCAACGCCGUCAGUGACGAGUCCAAAGAGCACCCUGGCACCCAAACCGGAUUCGUGUCGGCUCUCACGUUGAACGAUGACGGUACGCUCGAGCUGCUUAACACACUCGAGACUCACGGUGGAUCGCCAACGCACAUCUCGUUGAGCCCACACGAGGACUUCGUUGUCAUCUCUAACUACGGUGGCAGUCUCACCAUGUUCCCACUGAACGACGACGGCUCUCUUGCCAACGAGACCUUCCACCAGGAGUUCCCGAAGGGAAGCGAGGUGGUCAUGGACCAGCAGGCCACGGGUCACAUCCACAGCACCACGUGGCUGCCUAACUCCAAGAACGUCGUCGCGGCUAACCUUGGCAGUGACGAGCUGCUGCAGUACAAGCUUGACGAGAAGAAGCAGACGCUCAAGAGUCUGAAGACCGUGAACCGUCCGCCUGGAUCGGGACCGCGUCACAUGGCGCUCCACCCCAACGGAAACAUCGCGUACGUUGUGGACGAGAUCUCGAACACUGUGGGCGUCUACGAAAUCGACAAGAAGGCGGCCGUGCUUUCGAAGACUGCGCUACAGAAGAUCACGACACUGCCGGAGGAUUUUAAGAACAGCAGUACUAGCGCAGACAUCCACCUGUCGAGCGACGGCAAGUUCCUGUACACAUCGAACCGAGGCCACGACUCCAUUGCCAUGUUCAAGAUCAAUGAGAAGGACGGCACGCUGACGUCGCUGGGCUUUGAGAGCACUCGUGGCAAUGCCCCGCGUGGCUUCACGGUUUACGGCAACUGGCUGAUCGUGGCGAACCAGAACUCGAACGACAUGUAUGUUUUCAAGGUGGACAGCAAGACGGGUUUGCUGAAGUACACGGGUAACUCGUACGAGAUCGGCACAGCAGUGUGCCUGUACGUCACUGAAUAUUAGAGUUGUGGUCAUUGCUUGAUGAAUGGAGUUUCAGCAAUCGAUAAAACAUAAUAAAAACAAUCGCUGCAAUAAGCUUGCCAGAGCGAACAUUCGGCUUGUCAAGCAUAGCUA